AUGAAUCACCAGUCGUUUACUAAAUUACUCAUUUUACAGGAAUAUUAUAAUAACCCUAAAGCGACUGAAGAAACAUUCGCCGAAGAUCGGUGGUUCAAAACAGGGGACAUGUUCUUUAGAGACGAGAACUGGAAUUAUUUCUUCGUCGAGCGAAUUAAGCUGUUAUUAAAAUAUAAAAGUUAUCAGAUAUCUCCUGUUGAGAUAGAAGGUGUGAUUCGUCAACACCCAGGAGUUUUGGACGUAGCUGUGACAGGGAUUCCGGAUGAAGAGUGCGGUGAUUUGCCGGUCGCUUGCGUGGUCCGAAGAUCUGACCAGAAUAUCACUGCUCAGGACAUUAAGGACAUAGUCAAAGAGACACUGUCGGACGCGAAGCAGCUUAGAGGUGGCGUGAUCUUCUUAGAUGAGAUACCGAUGACAGCAUCCACAAAAGUACAUAGAAGAAGACUCAAGGAAAUUGCUCUUGCAUUUGAGAAACAAUAA